AUGGUUGCCAUUGAUCGAACUAAAACUAGUUAUCCAUCAGUGCAUCUACAAGAAAUGCUUAAUCUUGCACAAAAACCAGUACCAUUAGCAGCACCAACACAAUAUACUAGUACAGUCGUCAAUGAUCCUGUUGCAUCGGCAAUGAAUGGUGAUGCAUCACAAAGAAUUUUACCAUCACAAUUUGGUCUUGCUGAUGAUCCAUCAUUACAAUUUAAAACACCAGGUGGUGGUUUUGUUCAAGUAUUUGGUCCAUUAAAAACACCAGGCAAUGAUAGAUUUUUUCAUGAUCCUAAUCCAGUUGUUAUUCAAAAAAAAUCUAAACCAAUUACUUAUAUACAAAAAAUUAACUUAGCUUACUAUAAACCACCAGCACCACCAGCUCCCGGUCCAGUCAUUAUUAAAGAGGUUCGUCCACCUCCAGAACCGGUUCCACCACCACUUUUUGUUCGUAUACAACCACCACAACCACAACAACAACCACCCAUUGUGAUUCGUGAAGCACCACCACCACUACCAAAACAUAUUCCAACAACUUUAUUAACUAAAGUAUUACCACCGAUACCUGUACCACCACCCAAUGUUCAUGUACGUAAUGCUCCUGAUCAAGCAACACUUCAAAGAACAUUAAACAAUUUGGGUUUAACAUCAUAUAACACGAAAUAA